UAAAUUUUCUCGAUAAUUCGUGGUAGCACAGGAUGUUAUGAAACUAACGCAACAGUAGUUGUGAAUUAACUCUUCGAAAAAAAAUAUUUUAUUUUACCAAAUAUGAAAGUGGCUCAAGUAGCGCAUAGCUGGCUUAGUAUUCUCCGUUCUAAUAUGAGGUCACACUCCAUAACUAGAUCACAUUUUACCUACUAUCCUACUUCAUUGGGAACUGGAAAAAAAAUGAAUAUGGUUAACGCCAUAAACAAUGCAAUGGAUUUGGCGUUAAGUGAUGACAAAUCGGCAUUGUUGUUUGGAGAAGAUGUGGGAUUUGGUGGAGUUUUUCGUUGUUCUGUUAAUCUACGAGAUAAGUAUGGAAAGGAGCGAGUUUUCAAUUCACCUUUAUGUGAGCAGGGAAUCGCAGGUUUUGCGAUUGGUGUAGCUAAUAUUGGAGCUACCGCCAUAGCUGAAAUUCAAUUUGCGGACUACAUAUUUCCGAGCUUUGAUCAGAUAAUAAAUGAAGCUGCCAAAUAUCGAUACCGAAGCGGUGGCCUCUUUGACUGUGGAUCUUUAACUUUUAGAGUUCCUUGUGGUGCUGUAGGUCACGGAGCAUUAUACCAUUCUCAAAGUCCAGAAGCAUAUUUCGCUCAUACCCCGGGCCUUCGUGUUGUGGUUCCUCGUGGACCGAUAAAGGCGAAGGGUCUUCUCCUUGCAUGUAUUCGUGAUCGAAAUCCUUGCAUCGUUUUCGAGCCUAAAACUUUGUAUCGAGCCGCUGUUGAGGAAGUGCCAAUGGAAUACUACACCUCGGAACUUGGCAAAGCUGACAUACUGCGGCAUGGAAAAGAUGUUACACUUGUUGGCUGGGGUACACAAGUCCAUGUGUUAUUAGAGGUAGCUGAACAGGCGAAAAUGAAUUUGAAUAUCGAUUGUGAAGUUAUUGAUUUGGUUUCUAUUUUGCCAUGGGACACUAAUGCGAUAUUUACCUCUGCAAAAAAAACGGGACGAGUUAUAAUUGCCCACGAAGCUCCGUUAACACAGGGGUUCGGAUCCGAACUAGCAUCUCAAAUACAAGAAAAAUGUUUUUUGCACCUCGAAGCACCUGUGAAGCGAGUGACUGGAUGGGACACACCGUUUCCCCAUGUAUUCGAGCCUUUUUAUUUGCCUGAUAAACACCGAUGUUUGUCAGCUAUUAAGGAAAUUGUUAUGUACUAGGACUACGUUUUACACUCUUGGGGCAGUUUUUUUGCCUGGUCAUCUAAGCAAUUUCAUACGUUUUCUUAUACCAUGGAAAUGAGAAAACGAUCCCUAAGAUAUGCCAAAUUGAAAUAUGUAACAACUAAAAUGGAACCGAAUGCAUUUAUUUACAUUUUUUUUAAUAGAUCCUGUUAUUCAUUAUAAAAAUAAAAAAAAUUUUUUUUGGAA